AACAAACAUAGCUAGCUAGUACUUUAUUUUACCCUUUUAAUUUCCUUGAUCUAGUGAGUGUACUAAUGCUACUCUAACCUUUCACAUCUAUCAACAUUCCAUAGAGUAUACCAUUCAUAUUAAUUUAGCCAUUUCUUCUCAUUAGGAAAAUAAACCAACUCUUUCCUUUUCAAGUUAUGACACAUCAAUUCUGUUAAAGCUUUGGUCCUUUCUUGUUGUUUCUCUUGUACUCUCAUGGACUCAUUUCUCACUCUUAUUUUGAUGACAUUUUCCAUCAUGUCAUUGAAGUUUCAUGAAUCUCAUUCUCAAACCAUCAAAUCACCUCAUGUUCUUGAUCUCCUCAUAAGAGAUCACACAUUCACUUCAUUAGACAAAAACUUCAAGACAGGAAUACCUCAAUCAGUGCAACUACCUUCAAAUUUAUCAGGCAUCAAAGUGGAUACUAUGAGGUCUAGAUGUGGGAGUUUAACAAGGUAUGGUGCAAAACUCAAGGAGUUUCAUCUUGGUAUUGGUGUUACCAUUCAUCCAUGUAUUGAAAGAGUAAUGUUGAUUAGACAAAGCAUAGAGUAUAACAAUUGGUCUUCUAUAUAUUAUGCUAACUAUAAGGAUCUAUCUAAGUAUCAACUUGUUUCUCCAAUUGUUGGAAUUCUAGCUUACAAUGCCGAUGAAGAUUCGAAUUCUAGUAGUAACCCUUUCCAACUUGGAAUUGAAGGUGGUGAGAAUCUCAUCACAAUUGAUUUCAACAAUGCUACAAAUUUCAACAAGAAAGAAGAAAAGGGCAUCAAAGUGAAUCCCUUAUGUGCAAGUUUUGAGGGAAAUGGGAGAAUGACACUUGCGAAAACGAAACCUUUGGCAACGCUUGUUUGUGUUGCUAGAAUGCAUGGACAUUUUGGUUUGGUUGUUGAGUCUUUACAACCACAAGAAGAUGAUGACAAUGAUGAUUUUACAAAGCCUACGAGACUAAGUCGAUGGAAAGUCGCGGUAGGGAGUACUAUUGGUGCUGCUAUUGGUGCUUUUCUUUUAGGUUUGCUUCUUGUAGCAAUGCUUGUUAGGGUUAAGAAAAGGUCGAGAAUGGUUCAGAUGGAGAGAAGGGCUUAUCAAGAAGAAGCACUUCAGGUUUCUAUGGUUGGACAUGUGAGAGCUCCUACCGCACCCGGAACUAGAACCGCACCAACUCUCGAACAACAUGACUAUAUAACUCAUCGCGGUCAUUGAUAAGGUUUCUGACAUGUUUGGAUUGACGAAGAAUUUGACAGAAUUACAGUGAACCACGUCUUUAUUAAUUGUAAAAUUAAAAUCACAUUCAAUGAAAUUUAUUAUAGGGCAAAUUUUAAAUUGUAUUAUUAGUUCAUUGUAAGAAUAUUUGUACGUUUUUUUUAUUAGUUAAAAGUGGAUAAAUGGGAUGUGACGAGUUUUAACCUACGUCUUUGCAGUAUGAUAUCUCUGUACAACUAUCA